AUUGCAUUUUACGUGUGCAAGUACCAAAGAGAUUUAGAAGGAAUUUAAAGUAAAAUGCGAAGGGAUAAUCUGGGUAAAAGAACAGUUUAUUCUUUCUUCACUAAAUAUUGUUAACCCCAAUCAAUGCAACAUGUAAAGUGAAAUAUCCACAUCAAAAAUUUUGGUUAAAGAUACAAAUUUGACUAAACCAAAGAAAAGUCCAUAAUUUGACCCUUUGAGAGUGCAAAAGGAAAAACAGAAACAAGCAAUGGUUUUAAGCACUCACCAGAUGCAAAAAGUUUGUAACUUGUUGGCAAACGUAGCUGAAGGUGAAUUUCUUCUUGAAAAAACUAGAGAAGGUAGUGGGAAUGAUGAAAAGACAAUGGUUGGAAGGAUAAAGAAUUAAUUUUUUUUUUUUUUUUUUUCAAAAAAGGGAGAAUGGUGGCCGUGAUGAUGAUGAGGAGGGGGUAAUCGCAAAAGUGAUAAGAGAUAAAGAUCAGCAUACUCCCCAAGAUCAAAGAUCUAAAGAAAAAAAAUCCUACUUCUGUUUAUACAUUGAUUAUUUGGCCCUUUUCUCGAUAGACAAAAUUGGGAAGUUUAGUUUGAAACAAAUAACCAGGAGUUGAUCCUGUGUUCAACGUAACCGGACUGUUGUUCUUCGAUAUAAGUAAAACGUCUAAGCCAGCCCUUUCGCUCCCAGCUUGGCUGUUACAGUCUCAUGAAAAGAUGUUGAGGCAUUUUGUAGACAGAGUUACUGCAAAAACUAUUAUUCAUUGUCUUCUACAAUGCAAUCAACAGAGAGGGAUUCACAGUAGAAACAAGAAAGCAAUGGAGUUAAUAGCAAAAGGGUGGAGUGCUUUGAAGGAAGUUGACAGAGUCGUUGACUACUGUGAACUUAAUGAUAAACGCCUUAUCCCUCUCCUUAGGACAGCAAAGGAGAAUUUUGAGUUGGCACUGGAGGCUGAUAACUCAAAUACACAUGCCAGAUAUUGGCUAUCAAAGUUGCAUCUGAAAUACCAUGUGCCAGGGGCCUGCAAAGCUAUAGGAGCUGCUUUAUUGGUAGAAGCUGCAGAUAUGGGUGAUGCUGAUGCUCAGUAUGAGUUGGGUUGUCGCUUAAGAGUUGAGAAUGAUUACGUCCAAUCAGAUCAACAAGCUUUUUAUUAUCUGGAGAAGGCUGUUGACCAGCUGCAUCCAGGAGCUCUUUACCUUCUGGGUGCUGUGUAUUUGACGGGAGAUUGCGUGAAGAAAGACAUUGCUUCAGCAUUAUGGUGCUUCCAUAGGGCAUCAGAGAAGGGACAUGCUGGUGCAGCUGUGGCAUAUGGAUCUCUCCUUCUCAGAGGCGAGCAAGUUCCAGAAUGUUUAACGAAAUUCAACUCGAAAAGGGGCGGUUCUGCCAGAAGAGCAAGGAAGAAUAAUGGAAGUCCUGUAAUAGAUCCAGUGGAGAUGGCAAAGCAACAGUUCCAGAUUGCAGCAGAAGCAGGAUGUGACCUCGGAUUAAAAUGGUUGCAAAGGCUUGAGGAGGCAGAGGCACAUCUCAUGACUGGAAAUAGUUCUACAGAUCUACAGAGCUAACUUGGCUAUGUUUGAGAUUAUUGGUAGAGUAGAUAAUGAUAGCUUAACAAGCCUGACAAUUGGAGAAUUGUUUAAUUGCUGUCGAAAAAUCUUUAAUGGAAUAAGAAAGUGUAUCAUCCAUGCAUCACACCCAUCAGAAACAAGUGAUGCCCAGUCCUGACUGGUUCAGAUUUUUUUUGUAACAGCUUUGACUAAUGCUUAUAAUACAAGUGUCCAUAAAGGAAUUGGAUGCCGA